GAGGUUGUCAUUCAGACGCCAGUCGCGGUGGUGUGCGCACGCGUGGUACCGCAGUUCGUCCGUUGUUUUUAACGAAUCCAUAUUAUAUAUGUAAACAUUGGACGUUCACGUGCAAGCACAGUUAAAUAAACUGUUGAAGCCUCUCGUUCGCGGUUGAAUAACAGUGCGGGCCGAUUGAUACGAGUGUUUUCAUAUUUUAUCCGCUGUGUGACUCGACAUCGAUUUUACAUUUUCGAAGUCAAGUAUAAUAAAAUGCGGUUUCGUUUUACGAGUUUCGUGCUUCGGACUGGAAUGCGCCGCGCGAUAGUGACAAAAAGUUGUGUGCACCACGAGUUUAUGUGAUAUUAUAAUUCACCGUUGGAAUGCUUGUCUAACUUUUAGUUUACGGCGAGUUUCCACGAAAGUUCGAUGGUGAUUUAUAAAUAGAUUGUGUGGGGUUUCAUAACCCGCGUGGGUUACUAAAUGGGAACGAAAUCUGUAUAUUGUGUAAAUCUUUGUUUUUGUGCGCCCACUGUGAAGCACCGCAAGUUUUUGUUUUAGUCAUAACUCGUGUUAAUCGCGUCCUUGACUAGAAAUAAAUCUGCACAUGCGUAAACGUAACCGUAACUAUAUACGAUCAAGAUGAUGUGGCCUUCCUCUCAAGCGAGCAAAAUCCUAACUCUACUAUUGUUCAUCGUCGUAGUAUACUGUCUUUAUAUGGACACUUUACUGUACUUACGAAUACAGAAAUACAAUUUAGAUAUAUUCGAACAUAAUGAGAAUAUCACGCAAGAAUCGUCGACGCACAAGACGAUUGUGCCUCUGCGGAAUUAUGAGGACGAAAUUUGGAUACCGUGCACAAUAAACCCUUUAUGUCACCCGACCGUGAAAGCGCUAAUGGUCGAUCACAUAAACCAUUACAUAUACGGGCCACUGUGUUCCAUACUCGACAUGACGCUCGGUAUAUCCGAGAAAAUGUUAUUCUUAACGCCAAACAUGAUAUCGUUCUCUCAUGUCGUUAUCGCUUUAAUAGGCGCAAAGUUACUGACCUGUCAAAAUUUGGCUGCCAGGCGCGUUGGCAUAGUUUUAUUCCAAAUAAGAAUGUUCUUGGACGACUUAGACGGUCACGUAGCAAGGGAGAGAAAGCAUAUAAAAGGGGAACGAUCAGAAGUUGGUACUCUGGGUUACUGGGUUGAUGGUAUAUGCGAUUUAAUUGGUGUAAUAUUUAUGAUGGUCGGUAUAUUGCUUUAUUUAAAGAAUAAUCCGCCCAGAAGGGGAUAUAAAGGCACUCCAGUUAGCACUCUACCCUACCACCAGUUGAAGGAAAUAAACUCGAGCGAAGACAUCGAGAAGGAUCACACGACUGAAGGUAUUUCUUACAAAACUAAAGUGUCCUUCCAGAGGAUCGUCCAGGUGCUCGGGCUUUUCUCUGGCCAAAUGUUUCUAUCUUCUUUAGCGUGGAAUAGAUAUAUAGAUUUAUACCAAACUAUGCUUGAAAAUAGCGCAGACUAUGAUAUGUUUAGGCGGGAGAUGGCGUUUAAGUCUAGUAAGUUUUUUAUCGCGACUGGUGUGUGGAGGGUUGUGAAUCCACACAGUUAUUUACACCUGCUGUCCUUGGCCGUGUUCUGUGAUAAGACUUGGUGUUUCUUGAAGGCUGUCCACUACAGCGGGUACAUAGUUUUGGUGGUGACAGCCGCUGGGUCCGAGUAUUUGUUGGAAAACAUUCGUGCGUUUGUCGUUAACGGUAUGGAUGUGUGAGACUGUGAGAGGAAGUGUUCGGUUUCAAUGUAAAACAUACGUCCAUGGUAGGAAGUCUGUUAUACGGAGUCUCAGGUAGAUAUUGAAAGAACUGCCUUAUUCGCCUUUCUAUAUGCGGUUCUCAUAUUUUCUAUCGAUCUUGACGUGGCCAUAUUUAAUAAUUUAUGAGUAAUGAACUUCCUUGCAUUGUUGUUAUUGUAAUAACAGACAGCAACGAUGUAUUGACACCUACUUGUCAAAAUAACUAUAAAAACAAUGUUGGCAAUGGUAAUUGUUUAAACGUUCUUAGUGAGGUCGUGGCCUCUUUAACGCUAUUUCUAUAGUAUUUUAAAUUAUCUGUCUCGCGCAAAAACGAUAAUCUUUAAAUACGUUCCAAAUUCAAAUGUUUGUUAAUUCAAAAACUGUCCAAAUGAAAGUUGUUGUUGUCUCAUAUUAUUGAGAACGAAAGAAAGUGACAGUAGAACUUUUCGUUCAUAAGUUAAAGUUAAUUUGUCAAGUCGAUGUCAAUGAUCGUUGUUGA